CAAUGGACGUAAAUAAAGUAAGUGGCCCAGUAACAGUCAGGAAAUUAAAAAACCAACUGCUAUCUGCUGAAGAAAUAACAAUUAAAUACGUAGGAAGACAAGAACCACCAAAAAUAACUCCAGAGUUACAAAUACUUUUCAAAAAUUACAACGAAAGAAAAGUUUUCUGCGUUGGAAAUCGCAUAAACAUUCCAUUUUAUGGAAAAAAUUUACCAUUCAUAAUUGUUAAUAUCACUCAAGGUAAAGAUAAUAAUUCAUCACUAAAUACCUCCAGCAAAGAUGACCUUGCUGACGGACUUGAAAGAAUGAGUAUAACUAACUCAAAAUUUUUCCUCUCUUUAUUUACUACGGAAUGGAGAGUCAUCAAAGACGAGAUAAAUUCAGCAGUGAAUAAAAAGAGUAAAAUAACGGUAAACGAUAUCGGUGGAUACGAUAAACUCUUAAGUGAAUUACGCGAUAUUGUUGACGUUGUUUUAGGUAAAUGUAAGCAAUUUUUAAAAGGUUUUAGAAUUAGCAAAAGUAUAUUACUUUAUGGCCUCAAUGGGGUUGGUAAAACAACAAUACCUAAUGUUUUAUUGUCUAGUUACGAUGUAAAAGUAUUUUCAUUUAAAGCUAGUGAAAUAUACACAAAAUAUUUAAACGACGAUAAUAAAAAAAUAUCAGACUUAUUUGCCGAGGCAAAAGCUGAAGCACCCAGUGUGAUAUUUAUUGAUGAUAUUGACACGUUAUUCACAAAAAAAGGAUUGUCUGACAGUGAAAAACGUUUUUUGGCAACGUUGAUACAAGAAAUUGAUGAUUUACAGGAAUCUGAUGCCAACACUCUACUGCUUAUGACUACUUCGAAACUAGACUCAAUCGAUAGUUCACUGAGACGUUCUGGUAGACUAGAUCGUGAAAUAGAAAUUCCUACACCAACCCCAAAUAUGCGUUGUGAAAUAUUAAAAAAAUUAAUAUCUAAAAUGCCAAAUACUUUUAAUGAUGACGACUUCAAUGAAAUAGCAUAUGUAACUCAUGGUUUCGUAGCUGCUGAUUUGAAUGUGCUUUGCUCUCAAGCUGGUAUGCGAGCAAUUAAACGACAUCAAGAUAAUAACUUAAGUCCGUAUGUGUAUGUCAGUGCGCUUGAUUUUAUGGGAGCUUUGAGAACAGUUAAGCCAACAGCGAUGAAAGAAAUUUCUGUUGAGGUACCUAAUGUUAAGUGGUCUGAUAUUGGUGGUCAGAAAUCACUUAAAUUAAAAUUAUGUCAAGCGGUUGAGUGGCCUUUGAAAAAUCCAGAUGUCUUUAUACGACUGGGAAUCACUCCUCCAAAAGGACUUUUGAUGUACGGUCCACCGGGUUGUUCCAAAACAAUGGUUGCUAAAGCCUUAGCGACUGAAAGUAAACUUAACUUUAUAAACAUCAAGGGUCCAGAAUUAUUUUCAAAAUGGGUCGGUGAAUCCGAACGAGCUGUUCGCGAAGUAUUUCGUAAAGCAAACGAAGUUGCGCCAUCAAUAGUGUUUAUUGAUGAAAUCGAUGCUAUCGGUGGUGAAAGAGCUACCGGAGAUGCUGCUAAUGCAAGUAACAACGUUCAAGAACGGGUCUUGGCACAAUUAUUAACGGAACUUGAUGGUGUGACUGCAUUAGGAAAUGUUACACUUGUUGCUGCUACUAACAGGCCGGAUCGUAUAGAUAAAGCAUUACUAAGACCAGGAAGAUUGGACAGACUUGUUUAUGUCCCAUUGCCAGAUGCUGAUACUCGUAGAGAAAUAUUCAAAAUAAAAUUUUUAAAAAUGCCGGUUGAUGAAGUUUCUGUUAAAAUCCUUGAUCUCGUUGAUCUUACUGACGGAUAUUCAGGAGCGGAAAUUCAAGCAGUGUGCCAUGAAGCUGCAAUGAGUGCAUUACAGGACGAUAUUAAUUCAAAGGUGUUACUGACUAAACAUUUUGCAGAUGCACUAAAAAUAGUGAAACCACGGACUUCUGCAAAGCUUAUUACAUUAUAUGAAAAUUUUUGUAAUAACACUAAUAACAAAUAAAUAAGACUUUUUAUAAAUUUUAUAUUUUGCUACAAGAGUCAAAUAAACAGUUAUACUUUUAUAUAUCA